AUGGUCGAGAUUCACACCUUCUCCAUCUUGCCCUCGCAUCAUGCUGGGGUGGGCAACGCCGCAAUUCGGCGGCCACGAGAAAUCACGUAUUUCUCAUUCGAUGACGAUCACAGAUUCCGACUCGAUGCGUCCAGCCUUCGGUACUUUUAUCGCCCAACCUUGCCCGCCGAUCUGAAUCAAGGCUUUGAGACCUUCCGGCAACUCGACGACAGCAAGGAUGACCACCUCGAUGGCCUGGUCGACGCCGUCGCUGCUCACGAAGCCAACAAAGGUUUGAAGCUGGACGUCGACAUUUUGACCUGGCGGGGAAUGAUGACCAAGAUCAUGACGGCGCCCUACGCAAACUUCGAUGAGUGGGAGAUGAAUGCCACGUUGUUUCAAGGCACUAUCUUCAUUGAGGAAAACCGAGACAAGAAGUUGGAAAGCAGGGAAAAGCAAAAUCAGGCCGGAGCACACAGAGGGCAAAUGUCUCAAGAUCUGAUGUCGUUCUGGGGCUAUAAGUUUGAAACUCUCUCUUUGCUGCCAAAGACUUGGUCAGAGACGCCCAGAGAAUACAUCGAGUCACGGGAGACAGAAGUAGUGAGCAACUAUGCUCAGUACUGCUCCAUCGUACGCACGGGUUUUGGCUCGACAAAGCUCAUCAUUGGUGGUGAGGUGGACGCUGUCGAAGCCUACAAGCCCGAGGAUAGCAAGGAGCCGAUCAACUGGAUUGAGCUCAAGACGACUGCAGAGAUCUCCAACGAUCGCGACAUCGUGAAGUUCGAGCGCAAAUUGCUGAAGUUCUGGGCUCAGUCCUUUCUGCUUGGAGUGCCGAAGGUCAUAGUUGGGUAUAGGUCUUCGCAAGGAAUGCUGGAGCGACUCGAAGAGAUCGACACACAGACCAUUCCAGACAGAGUGCUGCGAGGGAGGCGCACGUGGACUCAGAUGUGUAUCAAUAUCACCAGCGAUUUUCUUGCUUGGCUGAAGACCAUCAUCACAUCGGAGGGAACUUGGCGGAUCCGCAAACGCGAGCGCUCUCCGGAUCUCGAAGUCUUCAAGGUAGAGGAGACAGGCACUGGUGACAUACUAUCUGAAGCCUUCCUUAGAUGGCGGACGCUUGGUCAGCUGUCAAUGCCAUCCACAGAGCUUGAGCUCGCAGCGAAUCCUAUCGCGAACGGGCACAAUUCAACAGGCAAUGGCGAAGUUACUGAUCGACCGGAGGAAACUCGUCCAGAGGCGAGUCCCUUGUCUGAUAUUGGCUGA